AUGGCCUUCUGCCGGGACCUCUUGCUCUGCGCUGCCUUGGCCCAGCUGGUGUCUCUGGGGGCAGCCUUCCACUUUGUCAGGGAAAGCACAGAUGACCUCAAAGCUCUCCGGGUCUCCAUUUCCAAAUAUCCGCCCAUCCGAGCCGUCCUGUCUGGCAGCCUCACCAUCCCCUGCCACAUCACCUACCUGCAGCCACUGCCCACUGCCGACACAGCCAGCCGCCACGGGGUUCGGGGCACCCUCCGAGUAAAAUGGACCUUCCUUGCUGACGGCAAAGAGGCCGAGAUCCUUGUGGCCCGGGGCCUGAAGGUCAAAGUCAGCGAAAUCUACCGCGACCGAGUCUUCCUGCCCUUCUACCCUGACUCGCCCACGGAUGCCACCCUGGUCCUGAGUGAGCUGCGCUCCAACGACUCCGGGUUGUAUCGCUGUGAUGCUCAACACGGGAUUGAGGAUGGGCAGGAUUCCCUGGAGGUGAAGGUGAAGGGGGUCGUCUUCCAUUACCGGGGAGGGUCUUCCCGCUACGCGUACACCUUUCCCCAGGCCCAGGCGGCCUGCGCCCGCAUCGGGGCGGCCAUCGCCACCCCCGAGCAGCUCCACGCCGCCUACCGCAGCGGUUACGAGCAGUGCGAUGCCGGCUGGCUGGCGGACCAGACCGUCAGGUAUCCCAUCCAUGCCCCUCGCGAAGCCUGCUAUGGAGACAUGAACGGCUUCCCGGGAAUCCGCAAUUAUGGUGUAGUGGAUCCAGAUGACACGUACGACGUCUACUGCUACGCUGAAGAACUUUAUGGGGACCUGUUUGUGAUGACGUCCCCAAGGAAAUUCACCUGGGAAGAGGCCAAAGCCGCAUGUGAAUCGCUGAGGGUGGAGAUGGCCACCACCGGCCAGCUCUAUGCCGCCUGGAACCAAGGGAUGGAUCACUGCAACCCAGGCUGGCUGGCAGACGGCAGCGUGCGCUACCCGAUAGUGACGCCCCGCGAGAAGUGCGGAGGGAACAUGCCCGGCGUCAAAACCCUCUUCCUCUUCCGCAAUCAGACGGGAUUCCCGGAUCCCCAGAGCAAGUUCGAUGUGUUCUGCUUCAGAGAGGAGACCAGCCCCUCCCUGGAGUCUCCCGUCCCCGAGGCAGAGGGCAGCAAGGAGAUCACAACGGUGACCCAGAAGAUGGAGGAGCUGCAGCUGCCCGAGAGAGAGCCUGAGGUGGCCAAGGAGUCCAGGGGGGCCAUUUACUCUGUGCCCCUCUUGCAGGACCCCCUUGGGGUGCCAGAGGAGCCAAGCAAGGCCUUUGAGGAGGCAGCCACCCCAGAGCCCCAGGAGGUUGUGACAGGCAGUUGUGACAGGCGGAGCGGAGGCCAAGAAGAGCGGGAGGAAAGAGGUGGCAGCUGUGACAGGCGACAUGGGCCUGAGCGAGAGCCCAGCGUGGGGCCCAGCACGGAGGAGGCGCUCAGGACCCAGAAGGCCCCCACCCCGGACCUAAGGCAACAGAGGGAGAAUGGCGAGCCAGAGGUUUUGGAGGCAGCUCCCCAUGAAGGGGAGGCUGAGGAUGGAGAGGCCAGGGAUGAGAAGGCGCCCCACGGUGUCCACAGCCCUGUGGAGCCCUCCUGGGAGACGGCAGCCAGCUUCUCCCCCAGCCCAGAGGGAGAGACCGUGGGCAAAGUCCCCCAAGGUCCCUCUGUGUCUCCCUCAGAGGCAGCCACCGAAAGGACCCCCAGUGCCAGCCACGCUUCCAGGCCACCGGAAGAAGCUGGCGCAGGAACCUCUUCUGCCCGGAGAGUCGAAAGCAGCCCCAUUUCUGGGCCGGCAGUCCCUCGCCACCCCAGUCCUCCCCGAGAGGCAGGAGCUGAGCCUCCAGGGACAUCCGCUUUCCCAGGGACCCCCCCGGUUCUCCUGCUGCUCCCGUCCCUGAGCAUGACCCCAGCCGGCUCGCCCGAAGAGAGCGGGGACCACUCGGGCUCCUCCUGGCCACCUCCAGCCGGGCUCUCCCCGGUCGCCGUCUCCAGCCCUCCGGAUGAGGCCGCGGCGGCUGCCUCGAAGGCUUCUGCUGGCCUUGAUGAGAGCAAGGAGGAGCCCUGGGCUGAAGCGUCGGAGCCGGAACUGACUCUGAGGACAACGGUGCCAGCUGCAGGCAAAGGAGGGCACCCGGAGGCCGUCCCCUCUGGAGGCCCUUUGGGCUUGAACUUCUUCAGCACCCCCUUCCUGGAGGCCUCCUUGACUACUACCCACCCUCGGCCAGUUCUGCCCACUGAAAGUGCCAGCCUUGGAGCAUCUGGCAGCGUGUCAGACACCUGCGUGCCGAACCCCUGCAGGAACGGAGGGACCUGCACAGAAGGAAGGGGGCGCCCGGGGUGCCUCUGUCUGCCGGGAUACGGAGGGGACGCCUGCAAUGUCAGCCUGAGGAAGUGCCAGCCCGGCUGGGAUGCCUUCCAAGGAUUCUGCUACAAGCAUUUCUCUGCCCGGAGGAGCUGGGAGGAUGCCGAGACCCGAUGCCGAGAGCACGGGGGGCACUUGGCCAAUAUCAUGUCUCCAGAGGAGCAGAGCUUCAUCAACAAUCAGUACAAAGAAUACCAGUGGAUCGGCCUGAAUGACCGCACGAUUGAAGGGGACUUCCAGUGGUCCGACGGGAGUCCUCUGCUCUACGAGAACUGGCACAACGGGCAGCCGGACAGCCACUUCCUCUACGGGGAGAACUGCGUGGGCCUCUCCUGGCGAAAGGACGGGAAGUGGAGUGACGUCCCCUGUGGCUACCAUCUGCCCUUCACCUGCAAGAUGGGACUGAUCUCUUGCAGCUCCCCUCCCAAAGUGGCCGAUGCGCAGAUAUUUGGCAAACCAAAGCAGCGUUACGAAGUCAACUCCGUCCUCCGAUACUGGUGCCCAGAAGGCUUCCUUCAGCACCGCUGGCCCCUCAUUCGCUGCCAGGAGAACGGCCAGUGGCAGCAGCCGCAAUUUGCCUGCAGCCCCCCGGAGUCCUAGAGGCCGGCUGCCCCAGCCCAGGGGCCCUGGGGAACUUUGGGCAGCCGGGGGCUUCUCUGGGGGGAUGGAGCCCUGGGUGCCCCAGCAGGGUGGGCCAGGGGCGUUGUGGGAAGGGGCUCCCGAGUGCAAACACUCAUUGCCAUGGGAACUGAGGGGGUCUGGAAGUAGAAGGCUGGGGAGGGCUUCCUAGGGCAGCAGGAAGGGGGGGGCAAGCCUCUUUCUACUGAGGGCAUGAGAAAGGGGAGCCUGUAUGCCAGGGGCUGCUUUGCCCAUCUCUUCCCCAUUCUCCUGCUAUAAGUGAUGUUUCUACUCCCCCCCCCCCUCCAACCCCCUCCCCCCACAGGGCAAAUUAAAAGAGACUUUUAAGAUUCGUGAUCUAGUACAGAGGGAGGAGAACGUGGUGCCUUUUGCUCUUACUCGGUUUUUUUUACGUUAUUAUACUGUCUGUGUACACAUAAAGAUAAUCUAAUAACUAAAUGGUUCUUUAAAGAGACUUUUUAAGGGUGGCCUCCUUUCUCCCAUCCCACGGGGGGGCUGCCCUUCUCACCUUAUAGCUAACUCUUCAAACCCACAGCUCUCCCCAAGAGCCUUAAACCCCACCCCGCCCCAAAUAGUGGUGGGGAGCCUCCUGCUUCUCUGGCUGAUGGGACUCUGUCCCUGGGAUGCCUCCCACCCACCAAGAGGGGCCUGGAGAUUUGCUCAAGGCCACCGGAUUCAUUCAUGGCCACUGAGUUGGGGGGAUUCCCUCUUCGCCCUUUGCAACCCACUGAAUGCUGAGUUUCUGU